AAAAGGUCUCAACCAAAACCAACUUCUCUUUUGGAAUCAAUUUUCUCCGAUUCAUUUUAACGAGAAAAUAUUCGGUUUCAUAUUGCAUGCCAUUUGAAGGUUGUUGAGUUGAGAUUUGUGAAAGAUGAGGCCAAAGAUUUAUCUUUUCGGUGACUCAAUCACUGAGAUGUCGUAUGGUGAUGGGGGCUGGGGUGCUUCUCUUGCCGACCAUUUCUCUCGCACGGUUGAUGUGGUGCUGAGAGGGUACAGCGGGUACAACACGAGGUGGGCCCUGAGGGUGAUGGACAAGGUUUUUCCGGCGGUGGACGGCGGUGACUGUGAUCCAUUAGCGGUGACGGUGUUCUUCGGCGCAAACGACGCUUCCCUUCCUGACAGAUGCUCCGCCUUCCAGCACGUGCCGCUCAAUGAAUACAAGCAGAAUAUCCAUUCCAUUGUCUCCUCUCUCAAGAAGCGAUGGCCAAAGACUCGAAUUCUUCUCAUAACUCCUCCCCCAAUUGAUGAAGAAGGGCGCCUCCGACAUCCUUAUGUUGAGAAUCCAAUGGGUCUGCCUGAGAGGACAAAUGACGCCGCCGGUGCUUAUGCCAAGGCAUGUGUCUCUGCUGCUGAAGAAUGUGGGGUCCCAGUGGUAGACCUCUGGACCAAAAUGCAGCAGCUCCCUGAUUGGAAAAAUGUUUAUCUCAGAGAUGGUUUGCACCUCACUCCGAGUGGAAACAGGAUUGUGUUUGAUGAAGUGGUGACGAAGCUGAAGACUGAAGGGCUGAGUCUAGAAAAUUUGGCAGUUGAUCUUCCCCUGAUAACUGAGAUUGACCCUAAUGACCCCCUUAAGGCGUUCCAGAAGUAACAUAAUUGUUUAUAUAUAAGUAGGGUAUCAGAUGUUUUGUGGGUUAUGACAGAAAAAAAAGGUAUAUCCUUAAGAACAAUUGUUCAUUUUCUUUUGUAACGACGUGUUUCAGCUUGCAAGGGUAAACGUCAAACAAUAUGAUGCUUGUGUUU